CGUAAUGUUCCAGUUGGCUUAACAAACAAAAUUUUAACCGUCCGCCGCCCACCGCAACUACAGCACACACAGCUACAGGUUAGCUGUCACGCAAGUCCAAUUGCACCUAUCAAAGCCGCUCAUCGGCAGUCGGACCCCACGCAAACUCCGCAGCCAUGUCUUGCAUCAGCAGAAGCCGCGCUUUAUUUCAAAUCCGGUCGCUUGCAUCAUCGUCGCACUUGCCCCUCCCAAAGCUGCGCCCCUCACCCGCCAUCUACAAAAGCGCAAACAAGACCGCGUUCAACGCAUCGCCGUCCACGUCGCAAUCAGCAACAACCACCAGAGGAUUCAGAUCGACCGCCGCAAAAAUGACUGUCCACAACCUUACCAACGCCCAGGAUUUCAAGGACGCCCUCAAGUCCCACAAGUUCGUCCUCGUCGACUUUUUCGCCACAUGGUGUGGACCUUGCAGGGCCAUCGCCCCCAAGAUCGCCGAGUGGUCCGAUGCGUUCCCCAACAUCCACUACGUCAAGGUCGACGUCGACGAGGUCCCUGAUGUCGCCCAGGAGUACAACGUCCGCGCCAUGCCGACAUUCCUGCUCUUCAAGGAUGGAGAGAAGGUGGACGAGGUUGUUGGCGCCAACCCACCCAAGCUGCAGGCCCUCAUCAGCGCAAACCACCCGUCGUCAUAGAGGAAAAGGUUGCGUUUUAGGUUGCACCGGUGCAAGCAUUGCUUGACCCCAAGCUCGCACUUCAGAUGUUGUUAGAUGGACACGCGAAAGGGUAUGCCUAGUAUGCGUGAGCUAUUGAUCUGCGGCGCAAGAGCGGAGGGAGGCGAGGAGCAAGUUUAUUUGUGUGCUUGGGUCCACGUGUGUUUGAAUAUUUUUUUUUCUCUUCUUUUUUUUUCUCGGCAAAUCAAGAUAGACAGCAGGCAUGCGGCACCGGCAAAUGAGGCCGAGUUGUUACUAGGCGUCAGCAAUACCAAAAAUAACAAUUGAUCAGCCGCAAGUUUCCGACCGUAA